AUGAUGAUGGAGAGUUCUAAUAAUGAUACCCCACCAGAGCUGGAGACAUGUGCUACUACAGAAUCCGUCGAGUUGGUUCCCACGCCUCCCGCUGAUCAUCCACAGCAGAGGAUAAUGUCACAUCCGACCGAAGACUCGACAGUGACGUCCAAGCCCCGUUCGACCAAGGCCAGUGUGGAUGGCGAUGACUAUUGCAGCAGCGAAGUCAGCAGCAGCAACAGUCACAAUGGUAGCUGUGGCUACCAUCAGGCUCCAACCACGUCCGAUGGCAUUCUCCAAAUGAUCGACCACACUCCUUCGACGCAUACUCAACACCGCAAAACCGAAGGUGUCUUUCCCAUUUGGACCCGCAUGACGGAUUCCAUGCAUCACUACAUUACGCGCUUUGUCGUGACACUCGCUGUCACGGCAGCCUCCCGUCCUCGCACAGUCAUUUCUGCCGUGAUUUUGAUGAGUUUGGCGUUGGUCGGGACCGGUCUCUUUACCAAUUUUCACAUUAAUGUCGAAGAAACCGAAAUUUACGCUCCGUUCAACAGCAUUCCGCAGUAUCACAUGGAAUGGCGCGAUGAUGUCGACAAGAGCGGCUUUUUGCCAUCCACCCGUGUGACGACCAUUGCCAUUCACGCCAAUGGGGCCAACAUCUUGGGCAAAGAACCCAUGGAACGCGUGUUUACGGCCUUGGAUACCGUGCGGAAUAUUAGUGGCUACAAGGAUAUUUGUGCCGAUGGCGAUUACUACGACACGCUCCACGAUGAAUUCACUUGUCGGAUCAUUGGAGCCACGCGGUUUUGGUAUCACGAUACGCAACUCUUUUAUGAACAAGCCAAGACGGAAGACGAUGUCAUUCAAACACUCUCCCAGACCGAAUAUCCUCCCGGUAUUCCGGCCGAUCACGAAUACGUCUUGGGGACACUGCAACGACAAGAGAAUAACGGACACGGCAAUGGCACUAUUACGUAUGUACCCGCCUACUUUGUGUACAUUCUCCUCAGUAUCAAAGAAGACAAAACGGAACUCUUUGAACUGGAUGUCGUGGAACAACUUUCCAAAUUGCAAUCGGCAUGGGAUAAGGAAGAAGGAAAUAUUCUCCAACUGGAGUUCUUUGCCGAACGAUCCUUUUCCGAUGAAUUUACACGGGCCAUUGAAGAAGACAUGUUCUUGGUGCCCGUUGGAUUCAUCAUGAUGGCAGGGUUUACCUGUGUGGUCUUUUUCCAAUCGGAUCGAGUGCAGUCUCGUAGUGGACUGGGUGUCGGAUCGGUUACCACCAUUGCCAUGAGUCUCAUGUCUGGCUUUGGAAUUCUCUUCAUUUGUGGAGUUCCUUACACAAGCAUGACCACGAUUUUGCCCUUCAUUGUGUUUGGGGUCGGACUGGAUGAUACCUUUAUCAUCAUGGGCUCCUAUCUCCGAACAGACAACACUCUGGACACGGUGGAACGAGUCCGCCUAACUAUGGAAGAUGUCGGAACCAGUAUUACCACGACAACCGUGACGACAAUGACUGCCUUCAUCCUUGGGCUCACGUCCAGUGUCCCCGCAAUCUACUGGUUAUGUCUGUGUGCAUUCCCGACAAUCUUCAUCGAUUUCAUCUAUCAGAUCACCUUCUUCGUCGCCAUUGUGGUACUCGAUGAAGAACGAAUCAAACAAAACAGAGAAGAUAUUUGCUGUUGUGCGAAACGACCCGACGUUCAACUAGACGGAACCAGCACUGAUGAAAUCAACAACCAAGCAGCCAGCGUAGGAGUGGUCGUGCAGGAACGUCACAUUGCCGACAGAAUAAUGGCUUCCUACGCCAAAUUCCUCAUGCGACCAGUAGUCAAAGGAAUUGUGAUUGUGAUGUUUGCCUACUUUUUCGCGCUUUGUGUCUACCGGACGACCAUGUUGACCCAAGAAUUCGACGUCACAGACCUCUUCCCGAUAGGGUCGUACGCGACAGAUGUGUUGGACGCAAUUCAAACGUACCAAGAGAGAAGUUUGCAGGUGGAGAUUUACUUUAGGGACGUCAACCAGAGUGAUCCAGUCAUUCAAUCGCAAAUGCUGGAGUUUGUGGAUCAAAUCGCGGAACUGCCUCCGUUUGGUGAGGGUCCUCCAGUCUGUUGGGUGCGCGACUUUCAGACCAUGCGUGACUCCGAGUACUUUAGCGUUGUCGCGGACUUGACAUUUGAGGAGCAAGUGGCCUUUGCUCUUGAAAUCCCAGAAAUCAAAGAAGCAUACGGCAUGGACAUUGUCCAUGAGAAUGGAAACAUUUCGGCAUCGAGAUGCAUCAUUGUGAUGAGGAAUUCAUUCCUCGAUGCCGUCGAUGAUCAGAUUAGUGUGUUGAACGAUCAACGUGCUGUAACGGACGCUUUCCCAAUCAACCAGGGACGUCCGGUCGGAUCAGAGGCGUUUUUCACCUUCAAUCAGAUCUAUCUUAUGUGGGAGUUCUACAAUAUUGCUGUCGCAGAGCUUAUCACAACAACAGUCACCUCCAUUGUCGCAGUGAGCAUUGUUGCAUUGGUUUUCAUUCCACACUGGUCCGCACUCUUCUUCAUUGUCCCCAUGGUGGCGAUUGUCUACAUUGACUUACUUGGAACGAUGCAAGUCGCUGGGCUGCACAUCAAUGCUGUGACCUAUGUCUGCCUUGUUAUUUCUAUUGGUUUGAUUGUUGAUUUCCUCCUUCACAUUAAUCUGAGGUAUUAUGAGUCAACAUUCAAAACCAGAGACGGCAAAGUCAAAGACACACUGGAGACAAUGGGAUCCUCCAUCCUGUUGGGUGGACUCUCGACAUUCCUUGGUGUGAUUCCUCUCGCCUUCUCUUCCAGCACAAUCCUGAGAACCGUGUUCACUUCUCUGGUUUCCAUGGUUGUUCUUGGCGUUGCGCAUGGUCUGGUGUUGUUGCCCGUGGUACUCUCGGUAAUUGGUCCCUACGAUGACGUCAGGGAAGACAGUUCGAGGCGCAGCUUCAAAAAGUCUGUAUCAACGAGCUUUGGUGGCAGCAUCAAGCAAGAGGCUGGCUAUACUUUUGAAGUUGAUAGCUCUGACGGCGGAAGUCCAGUCAAGGAGUUAAAGGAAUCUUCCUCUGAGACAAGUUCUUCUCAGUUGGCCUGA